UUAACCGUCAUUUUGAAGCUGAAGUUCACGUAACCGUCACUUUUAAGUUAGCAUUAGCUGGUGCUAAAAGCUCCUCAAACACAUUUCCUGUUGGCACUUUUAUUCUAAGGGCUCGCUGUUAAGGCAACAGUUUGCGAGUGAAAUAAUGUAGCAGCUGUGAAGUAAUGCCAACCCCAGACGGUUUAGUUGUUUUACUAUGAGCUCGCUGUCGGCCCAGCCUCAGGCUUCAAGCUCGUCAUGCAGGACGCUUCCUGGAGAGGGUAAUCAGGUGAAACCAAAAGCCCCUCUGCUGCAGAUCCUGCGUGUCGCUGGAGCACAGGAGGAUGUCUUCACUCUCAAAGAGGUGAUGCACUACCUGGGUCAGUACAUCAUGGGAAAGCAACUGUAUGACAAACAGAGGCAGCACAUUGUCCAUUGCCAAGAUGAUCCUUUGGGUGAACUUCUGGAAGUUGAAAGCUUUUCUGUCAAAAAUCCGAGCCCAGUAUAUGAAAUGCUGAAGAAGUACCUGGUUGUGCUUGGCUGUGGUGACGCUGCAGAGAAUCUUUCUGUGGGCCGUGAGUGUGUAGAGGGCGGAGUGGAGGAUCGUGGUCAGAUGUGUGAGGAUGUGGUCAAAGCAGGAGUGGCGGCUGGAAGCGAUGGGCCUCUUCUGCCGACCCCCUCCCAGAGGCGGCCUCGUGAUCCAGAUGAUGAGUCUCUUGAAGGCCUGCCGCGCUCGGCCUGCAAACGCCCCAAACUAGACGUCAGUCUCGAAGAGUGGGACCUCUCUGGUCUGCCCUGGUGGUUUCUGGGUAAUCUGCGUAAUAACUAUAGCCGCAGGAGCAACGGCUCCACCGACAUCCAUACAAACCAACUGUCUGUUGCACAGGAGGAGGACACAGCCAUCGUGUCAGACACGACAGAAGACCUGUGGAUUCUGACCGAGGGCGAGAGCGAGCAAGUGAGCGUGGAGAUGAAGGAAGCUGCACUGGAAGAGGGAAGCGGAGGAGAAGAAGGUUCUCUUGAUGACGAUUAUGCAGGAGGGAAGGAGGAAAAGUCUGACCGAGAGAUGCACGAAGAACCCGAUGAAGACUCCCAGUGUCUUAGCGACGACACCGACACAGAGCUCUCCAUACAGGACGCGUGGCAGUGCACCGAGUGCAGGAAGUACAACAUACCUCUCCAACGGUACUGCGUUCGCUGUUGGGCUCUGCGAAAAAACUGGUACAAGGACGUUCCCCGGCUGGCCCACUCCCUCUCUGUGCCCGACAUCCCAGCGUGUAGCUCUCUGACCACCCACGACGAAGAAGACGACAGCGACACGGGCAUCGAUAUCCCAGACUGCAGCAGAACGGUGUCGGACCCCGUCAUCCUGCCCUCCCACUCCACCGCCGACCGGCCCAUCCCCACCGCGGCCAUGGGUAAAGGCAAAGGCCCGCUACCUUCCGGCUUCCACAAGCACGGCCAGCUCUCAGAAGGGGAGAGCCAGGAAAACCUGGAGAUGGAGGUCCAAGACGUCCGACCGGAGGCGCUGCUGGAGCCCUGCAAGCUGUGCCGAGUGCGGCCGCGCAACGGCAACAUCAUCCACGGGCGAACGGCUCACCUGCUUACCUGUUUCCCGUGUGCCCGGAGACUGCAUAAGUUCCACGCUCCCUGUCCAGGGUGCGGACAGAUCAUCCAGAAAGUUAUUAAGAUAUUCAUCCUGUAAAGAGCACAUGGAGGGAUGUGUGGGGUUUGAUGCCUCUAGAUGUAAACGCAGCACACAGACGCAUAUAGAAACAGUUAGACACGUUGAGCUUAUUCAUUCAUUCAUGAAUCCACCAAUCACAGCACUUGGUAAAUCUGGCUGUUUUUAUUUUGCGUCACAAGAGAAGUUUGUAACUAAUAUUUUCUUUGCUGUCUCAUUUAAAUGAGGGACAAGACGAGGCAUGAGUAUUUAUUUAUUUAUUUCUAAAUGCUCCCACUGGGGCGGAUAAUUUGAGGUCUUGUUUGAUCUCAUGAAGGCUUUUUUAACAGUAAAAUAAAUCUUCCUAACCUAAACCCCUCAACAUUAUGCUUUCAGACUUGACGUUUUUUUUUUUUUUUU